AUGGAGUCGAUGACUCAUGGCGGGCCCCUGAAGGGCGGAACAGCAGCGGCGCUGCAGUCAGCGGCGGACCAGAACGUGCAGGCGGGGGUGGUGCCGCCUCGGCAGCAAGAGAAGGCUGAUGCUCGUGCUAAAGCCACAGGUGCAGGGGCAGCAGGAGGAGCAGCAGGGAAAAAAUGGGUGGAUUAG